CCCCCGCCAUGAAGCACUGCUUCUACAACGAGACCCUCGGCUUCUUCUACAACAACAGCCGCAAGGAGCUCAGCCCCCACUGGCGCCCCAAGGACGUCCUGGUGGUGGCCCUGGGCCUGGCGGUCAGCGCCGUGGUCCUGCUCACCAACCUGCUGGUCAUCGCCGCCGUGGCCACCAACCGCCGCUUCCACUACCCCAUCUACUACCUCCUGGCCAACCUGGCCGCCGCCGACCUCUUCGCCGGCGUGGCCUACAUGUUCCUCAUGUUCCACACCGGGCCUAGAACCGCCCAGUUGUCCCUCAAGACUUGGUUCAUCCGGCAGAGCCUGCUGGACACCAGCUUGACCGCUUCGGUGGUCAACCUGCUGGCCAUCGCGGUGGAGAGGCACCGGACGGUGCUGACCAUGCAGCUCCACAGCGAGAUGUCGGCGCAGCGCGUGGUGGGUUUGAUCUUCUCCAUCUGGGCGGCGGCGUUGUUGCUGGGGUUGAUCCCGUCCUACGGUUGGCACUGCCUGUGUUCCUUGGAGAGCUGUUCCAGGAUGGCGCCGCUCUACAGCCGGAGCUACCUGACCUUCUGGGCCGUGUCCAACCUGGCCGUGUUCCUGGUGAUGGUCGUGGUCUACGGGCACAUCUUCGUCUACGUCCGCAGGAGGAUGGCGCGCAUGGCGCGGCACACGGGCGCGCACCCGCGGCACCGCGACACCGUCAUGGCGCUGGUCAAGACCGUCACCAUCGUGCUGGGCGCUUUCGUGGUUUGCUGGACCCCGGGCCAGGUCCUGCUCCUCCUGGACGGGCUGGGCUGCCAGAGCUGUGACGUGCUGGCCGUGGAGAAAUACGUGCUGCUGCUGGCCGAAAUUAACUCGCUAAUUAACGCCAUCGUUUACUCCUGGCGGGAUAACGAGAUGAGGAGCACCUUCCGCCGCAUCCUCGGCUUCCCGUGCCAGCGCCGCGCCAAAUACGCCGCGCCCGAGCCGGGGCUCGGCUCCCACUACGGAAACUUCACCGUGGAUUCUUCCAUUUAGGGAGAUUUUUUUUUGGGUGCGGCCCAAAUUUUUCCUUGGGGAAAAACCACAUUGGAGCAAAAAGAUCGGGAAACUGAGGAAAAUUCCGGACUCCUGGCGCUUCCAGCAUGGAAAAUUCCCUGGAAAACUCCCGGUGGAUCACGGAUAAAGCGAUUUUUUUGGGAAUUUUGGAGCAUCCUGGAGCGCUCCACAUCCCAAUUUUCCCUGGAAAACUCAAGGAUUUGUGGGACACCCUCGGAGCAGAAUUCCCAUUAAAGACUGCUUCUAACCCCGGA